AGUUCAAUCAUACAAAAUGAGUAAAGACCAAUACAACCCAAUUCUAUCACGAAAAAAUCGCACGGAAUUGUUUACUACAGAAGAGUGUAAAGAGAUUUUAUCAAAUUUAUUGGCCGAUAAGAAUGAGCAGGGGUUUUUAGUAAAUUUUGAUAUAGUGCCAGCCACAGAACAUGUUGGUUUUCUGGGUGAAUACUAUCACUUGCAACUCCGGUAUCAGUUAAAAGAUCAGAAAGAUGUGCAAACUUCUCGAUUGUUUGUCAAGUCAGUGAUCUUCCAAAAUGCUGAUAUGAAAUUCUAUAUGGAGAAAAUUGGCUUAGUCAAGAAGGAAAUAAAGCUGUAUGAAUUGCUGAACAAACUUAAGAAAUUUUCACCUCAUGUUUGGUGUGCCAAGUGCUACUUCACCCGAAAAGAUCUGUUUGUAAUGCAAAAUGUGGAGGAUAUGGGCUAUGUGGCUCUACCUUCGGAAACUCGCUUCCUAAGUGAGAAUCAGAUGGGCCCCAUUUUGAAAUCCUUGGCCACUUUGCAUGCCAGUAGUAUUGCCUACGAAAAGCAAGAGGGGAAAACCAUUGGAGUGGAGUUGAGAGAGUGGCUCAAAGAAGUGUCUGUGGAUCCGGAUAUUGAAUGGUAUACUACGGGUUUACGAGCUGUCCUAGCUGUGGCUGCCACCCAUCCGGAUGUCUUGGAUAAUGCCAACGCCCAAGAGUUUAUAGCCACCCAGCUGCCAAGAUUUCUGGACAAGGUGUACUAUAUGGUUAAUCCGUCGCCAGUUCAUAGGAACGUCUUCGUUCACCGAGACGCCUGGGGUGCGAAUGUCUUCUAUCAUCGGGAGCAGCCGCAGGAGAAAAGAUCUGUUCUCGUGGACUUUCAACUGUGUCGAUAUGCCCCACCUGCCAUGGACUUUCACCUGGUCAGCUAUCUAAAUCUAGAGCCUUCAAAUCGAAAACAGAUGAUUGAGAGUCUGACCCAAACGUAUUAUACCGCAUUGACUGAGGAACUUCGAGAUAUGGGCAUUGAUCCUAAUCAGGAACAAUUAAGUCGACAGGAAUUUGAGCAAUCUCUCAAGGACUUUGCUUUAUUUGGAGUGACGUACAAUUGCAUAGCAGCCACUAUACUUCGAUUACCUGAUAAUUACCUGAAAAACCUAAAGGAUGAACGCCCGGAGGACUUCCAUCGAUUUUGUAAUGUGGACCGCACGGAAGAUGUUCUCCGUUUGAUGAAAGAACAUUCGGAGUUUGCUCAUUAUAUGUACGAAUGUGUGGGGGAUUUGCUGGCCCUGACAUAUCAUAAACAAAACUGA